AAGCUACAGUAGGGUUAGUGGGCUCCAAGUCUCUGGUGCCCGAGCCUCCUCCACGGCUCCCCAUCCCCUCUGCCCGCUGGAGUGCGUGCCUGAGUGGGAGCGCUGGGCUGUGCGCGCACGGCUCUCUGCCUCCCUGUCGCCCCGCCACGGCGCUCGCUCCCACUCUGCCUUCUCCCGCUCCCUGUGCCCCUGCCCGGACUCGCACCUCGCCUGUGCCCUUCACUCGCUCUUCCGCGUGAUUUCCCCGCCGCCUUUCUCUACCAACUGGGAAUGCUAAAACGGGACUGAUGGACGUGUCAGAACUCUGCAUCCCGGACCCCCUCGGCUACCACAACCAGCUGCUGAACAGAAUGUCUGCGGACGACCGGCACCUGGGCUCCAGCUGCGGCUCCUUCAUCAAGACGGAGCCGUCCAGCCCGUCCUCAGGCAUCGACGCCCUCAGCCACCACAGCCCCAGCGGCUCGUCUGACGCCAGCGGCGGAUUCGGUCUGGCCCUGGGCGCCCACGCCAAUGGUCUGGACUCGCCGCCCAUGUUCGCAGGCGCCGGGCUGGGCAGCACCCCGUGUCGCAAGAGCUACGAGGACUGUGCGGGCGGCCUCAUGGAGGACUCGGCCAUCAAGUGCGAGUACAUGCUCAACGCCAUCCCCAAGCGCCUGUGCCUCGUGUGCGGGGACAUCGCCUCCGGCUACCACUACGGCGUGGCGUCCUGCGAGGCCUGCAAGGCCUUCUUCAAGAGGACCAUCCAAGGGAACAUCGAGUACAGCUGCCCCGCCACCAACGAGUGUGAGAUCACGAAACGGAGGCGCAAGUCCUGCCAGGCCUGCCGCUUCAUGAAAUGCCUCAAAGUGGGGAUGCUGAAGGAAGGUGUGCGCCUUGACCGAGUGCGUGGAGGCCGUCAGAAGUACAAACGGCGGCUGGACUCUGAGAGCAGCCCGUACCUGAGCUUACAGAUUUCUCCGCCUGCUAAAAAGCCAUUGACCAAGAUUGUCUCCUACCUGCUGGUGGCGGAGCCCGACAAGCUGUAUGCCAUGCCUCCCCCUGGCAUGCCCGAGGGCGACAUCAAGGCCCUGACCACUCUCUGUGACCUGGCCGACAGGGAGCUCGUGGUCAUCAUCGGCUGGGCCAAGCACAUCCCAGGCUUCUCGAACCUGUCUCUCGGAGACCAGAUGAGCCUGCUGCAGAGCGCCUGGAUGGAGAUCCUGAUCCUGGGCAUUGUGUACCGCUCGCUACCCUACGACGACAAGCUGGUGUUCGCUGAGGACUACGUCAUGGACGAGGAGCACUCCCGCCUCGCCGGGCUGCUGGAGCUCUACCGGGCCAUCCUGCAGCUGGUGCGCAGGUACAAGAAGCUCAAGGUGGAGAAGGAGGAGUUUGUGACACUCAAGGCCCUGGCUCUGGCCAACUCAGAUUCCAUGUACAUCGAGGAUCUGGAGGCUGUGCAGAAGCUGCAGGACCUGCUGCAUGAGGCGCUGCAGGACUACGAGCUGAGCCAGCGCCACGAGGAGCCCCGGAGGACGGGCAAGCUGCUGCUGACGCUGCCCCUGCUGCGGCAGACGGCCGCCAAGGCCGUGCAGCACUUCUACAGCGUCAAACUGCAGGGCAAGGUGCCCAUGCACAAACUCUUCCUGGAGAUGCUGGAGGCCAAGGUCUGAUGGCCCGGCACCUGGACCGACUCCCACCUGUGGACAGACCGGCGGACGGACCGCCGCGGAGACCUCCACAGCCACCAGCCUCAACCUUCAAGCCCUGUAUCAUGGCCACGGGCAGUCCCAGAGGAAGGGCUCUCUCGCCUCCUGGCUGUGCGUGGAGUCCGGAGUACAGCGGGGCAGGGGAACAGGGAGGGGAGGGCAGGGCGUGGGCUCAUCUGUAACUGGCUUUUUCUUGGGUAUGUUUUUCCUUCUCCAUGGGCAGUGCUGAGGUCUGGGCCAGGGCUGACUCCCUUGAAACUGGAGACCAUCGAGGAAGUGCUCCUUCCGCCUAUGAAAGCCCCAGGAGACAGUAGUGCGUAUCUAACCCCACCCCCACGCCCCCACCCCACAGGGUGGGCAGUGCUCAGCGCCCAGGACCCCACCCAAUUCAGGCUGGGUGCCACUGGAAGUUGUCCCUUCCCAGAGGGCAGGGGCUUUCUUCCAGAGGCCCUGCCUACUCUGCUACUUGGGGCUCCUCCAGAGGCCCCACACCUUCCCCAGUCCCAGGGCCACCUGCCCUGCAGCCUUUCUGCCUGGUGCACACUCCCCUCCUGAUAGGGACCCCAUCCAGAGAGCAGCUGCCAGAGCUCGGGCAUCUUCCUGGGCACUCACCCCUUGGUACCCGCACACCUGCUUGUCACCACAGCAUCAAGGCCCACCUGUCCUCCCCCUCUCCUCUCCUAGGAGAUCCUGCUACUUCCUGCCCCUACCUCAGCUUACACGGUGGGUUCAGGCAGCCAAGGGGAUUUCAGGUCCAUAGCUGGGAACAGUGCUGCCUCUGAAGAGCAGGGCCAGGCAGUAUUCCACAGAGCUCCUCCUCUUGCUUGGCCCUGUCAGCCUUCUGGGCAGUUUGGAGCAGAUGGGCCUGUGGCAGUUUGGGGGACACUAGGGGCCUGGCCACCUCUGAGGGCACCCUAGGCACUGAUUUCCAGGCUGGCAGUCAUGGGAGGAUUGUGGCAAAAUGGGGAAAGGCUCAAACCAAUCUUUGCUGAGCACAGAAAAUCCCAGAAGCAAGAUAAGCAGGUGGGGAACCCUGAAGAUGGUGGGCUCGGGAAGUUGCCGGCCAGGAUCCCCGUGGGGCUAGCUUCUGAGGGCAGUAGACUUCAGGUCACCCGGUGCCCUGCAUUCUGAACGGUUAGGCCAAUCAGUGUCACAGGAGGGGCUGUUGCUACCAUCCUGAGACUAAGGCAUGACAUAGCUCCCCAAAUGCAUUGUGAAGGGCCAGCCCUAUGGGGGGACCCCCUGCCCUGUCUUCCUGGCCGCUGUGUCACGUGACUGACCACUCCAGUUUGCCCAGGAUGUUCCUGGUUUUAGCACUGAAAAGCCGUGUCCAGGGAAACCCCUCAGCCCCAGGCAGAUGGGGACAGUCACCAGAUUCCUGUGAGUGGCCUUGAGAGUUGGUCCACUCCGGACAGCUCUUACCAGCCCAUCUGCUGAGCACAGGCUGGCUGAUGGCAGCUCAGAGGGUCCCCCGAAGAGGAAGGUGGGGUCAGGCAUGGUGGAGAAGGUACCCUCUGAAGCAAAGACCAGAGCAGCCCUACCUGGGGGAUCCCCACCCGCUGACCCAGACCUACUAGCACUGGAGAGGCUGGUGGAUCGGCCUGCCCCUCGCUAGGACAGCAGGUGGCCAGGUGCUGGCUCCCACAGCCCUGUAGCCUUCCAUGGGAAGCAGGUGAUGCUGGUUUCACCUUGCUGCCUCUCUGCCCCCAGACACCACCCCUCUGAACUGUGCUGUGAGGUCGCCCCAGGCCUGAGGGUUAGCUGAGACCCAGAGGCUGCAGAGUGGCUCUCUGUUGGCCUCAUGAACAAGAUAGAGUGUUCCAAGAGGCCUCACAGCCAGAUGAAGUGUGCUGUCUUGUUAGCCUGUGGGGAGUGCAAGGCCAAAGCCACGUGACGGUCUGCAUUGGAAUUACUGUCCAGGAUGCUUCAUCCUUAGCUGCCUGGGCAGUCCCGAGGUGGGCUCACAGGCAUGGAAGCAUCAAGGGACCCACGCAAAGCCCCCCAGUCUGAGAGCUGUUAGGAGCCACACCCUAAGGUCAGAGCCCGAGAUCCCUCAUGGUGAGAGGAGCUGGGGUAUGCUCCUUGGGAGCUUCUCCCCCCGCCUUCUGCUGUGCUGUGUGCUUUGGUGGGGUCGGGGGGGUGGCACUGAGGGUGGCACCUUCUCCCCGGGGUGGCACUUCCAGUGUCAGCGUGAGGCCCAAGUUGGUGGCCAGGGCCUGUGCGAGGCUGGUAUCUGCGACCAGCCGUUUUUAGAAGAAGCAUCUUCACUGCACUGGUUUGGGGUGGGUGGGAGUCCGUGUGUGGAUGGGUCCGGGGCUUCUGCAAGCAUCCUGCCAUCAGAUCCUUCCUCUACCUGUGAGGGGGAGGUGGCUCUGUGCCAGCACGGGGGGCGCUGCUCUUUCUCUGAAACCCCAGUGGCCGUGGGAGAUGGCUCCGGCGCACUGGGAGCUCUGGCCGGUGAGAAAGGCCCUGGUGUGUACUAACGGAGCCAUCAGACAGUCAGAGAUAAACUGUAGGCCAGCUUUUUAGUUGGAGGUCUUGCCAGCUUGGGGGCCUCCCUGGGAAAGGGGGCCCUGGCUUAGUGGGGGAUGAGGAAGCGAGGAGAGCUUAGGAUGCCCGCCCUACCCCUCCCAAUGGGCAGAACGUGCUUGCCUCCCUCCCUGUCCCUGGAUCUGCUGUUCAUGGAAAAUCUGUAAAGACGAAAUUGCCCUUCUCACUUGUACUCUCAUGAUACAGGUCAUUGAAAUGAACCAAGAAAUAAAAUGUAAAAAUCCAACCCUGGAGAAGGUGGUAUUGGCUGGGUUUUGUUUGGUACCCGUGUCCCCACCCUUCCUAGAGCUUCGAGACUGAUUGUGUCACAUGUGAACCUGGGUGGUGGCCCCCCGUUUCUGCAUCCAGAAAACCGAGGAUUUCCCAGGCCACGACUGAAGAACCGAGUAGAAGACUCGAGACCGGACCGGGGCGCUGGUGGGGAGACCAGGCAGGGCUUCAGAGUAGCCAGAAUCGACACCCAGCUCUGUGGCAGGGGCCUCCCCUCUUCCCUCCCCCAGGCCCCCCGCUACCCCUGUGUGGAUGGGAGAAGUCCGGGGCGGGGCGCAGGGCAGGGGUGACAAACGGGACGGGAAGACAGAAGGGCCCAGGCCCGUGGAAGAGCACCAAAGAAACGCACGAUGUGGAAAGAUUGUUUUAUUUUCUGAUAAUGAUUAAAUGGCUGGAAUGGCUUCAUAAGAUGUAUAUAUUUUUUGAAAUGGCAUUCCUUCUUUGCUUCCCCCCGUGUAUGUAUUUCUGCCUCUUGUCUGUGUUCUCCCCUGGGACCCCCCCGCCCCCCCCCCCCCAUGUAAAUCACAUGCCCUAGGAGUCUUCUGUCCUGG